GCGUAUACGUACGUAAACGGAGCGAGUGCACAGUGCAUGCAGUGUGGAUUAAAGAACUGAGUGUACACACAUCAUCAAGUAGAAUAGUCUUUGCAUGUCCUGAGACGUCUUGAGACGACUUUUGUGAAAACAGGCUACCGUCGAAGCCAGUGAGUGGACUUGGAAGUUUGUAAAAAAAAAGCAAAGGUACAGAAACCACCAAUAUAGUGAAGGGAUCAGACCCAGUGCAGUCAUUUGAGGUUCCUGCAGAGCAAGUAGCCAGAACGACUGAUUCACAUACCCAUCCGCAGCGGCUGGGACAGGGGUGUGGUUGUGUUUUUGGAAAGAGGGUUUGAGGUCUCCUCUGUCAACAAACUGGACAUCUAAAGUUUGUUCUUCAUAUUGGCGUCAUUGGCAUCGUUAUUGGCAUCGUUAUUGGCAUCACUACGGCAACACGAGUACACUGGAGCGGUUGACAGCAUCAGUCGUCACUUGAUGCCCCGAAUCCAGCAGCAGCGCAACGACGCCAUGAGCUCGAUCACUCCCAACUCCAGCCCCCUGGAAAACGGCUUCCUGAACGAGGAGGAAAAACUCAAACUGGCGGGCACCAGUCCGUACGCCGUGCACCACAACGGUGGCGGCGGUGACGUUAUGGUGUUGGGAACCAGGGAAACCGGUAGUCAGCCCUCAACGUCAAAGAAUAGCGCUAGUUCAGGAGGCUCUGACAAGAAGAUUCGAGAUCCUUUGGACGCGGAGAAACUGUUACCAGGAAUGGUGCAGUCUUACAAGUCGCUCAUAGCCAGCGUGGGGGAAGACCCUGACAGACAAGGCUUGAAGAAGACACCGGAGAGGGCCGCCAAAGCACUCAUGUUCUUCACGAAGGGCUACGAGCAGAAAAUUGAAGAUGUACUGAAUGAUGCAAUAUUUGACGAGGAUCACGAUGAGAUGGUCAUUGUCAAGGAUAUUGAGAUGUUCUCCCUGUGUGAACACCAUCUUGUGCCUUUUAUUGGAAAGGUAUCCAUCGGAUAUCUACCCAACAAGCGCCUUCUAGGGCUCAGCAAAGUGGCAAGGAUCGUGGAGAUAUACAGCAGAAGAUUACAAGUGCAAGAACGACUGACAAAACAGAUAGCAUUAGCCAUGGUUGAGGCCAUAUCGCCAAUGGGGGUAGCCGUGAUAGUCGAAGCAACCCACAUGUGUAUGGUGAUGCGAGGAGUCCAGAAGCUGAACAGUAAAACCAUCACCAGCACGAUGCUGGGAGUCUUCCGCGACGACCCCAAGACCAGAGAAGAAUUCUUGUCUUUAGUUCGCUCCUGAACAAAUGAAACCAACAACACAUAAUUUAAAAAAAAUGCCUGGCCAAAGUAUUCAAGGUGCUUAUAAUUACCACCUGUCUUCGUCAGCUGUUCUCAAAUGUGGGCGGAGUCUUCCCUUAGUCUGUCCUUGCCUGUCUUUGUAUUACCCUCUUGCCUCUAUUGGGUCUGUGCACCAACUGUUGGUGGCGGUGUUUCAUCUGUGGUCUCUGUACACAAGUGCCCUCCUCAGCAGGGAGAAACGGAGGAGAGUGGUUGAUGUCUGCUGCCGUGGGCCCUGGCUCAACUACAGUCUCUGCAAAGGAAGGUGCACAUUCGGACAAAAAUUGGUCCUGCAUACUGUGAAGCCCCACGUAUUUAUUCUGAAUAGUGUACAGGACCAGUUUACUGUUUAAGCGUGCACUGUCCCCUAUAGUCCAGCGGAUAUGUGACAAAAUGUCGAUGAAUUGUGCACUUUUUUUCUUAUAUGGUUGCCACGCCCCUAAAAGGGUGUGUUCGAGAUGGCUCCACAUCUGGAAUUUUUUUUCUCAU